AUGGCAGGUUUCUAUGGUCAGAAUGUCCAAAAUGGACGAUCAAAGCCACAGAGAACUUUACUUGGAACAAUGGCAGGUUUCGGUGGUCAGAAUGUCCAACAUGGUCGAUCAAAGCCACAGAGAACUUUACUUAGUACAAUGGCAGGUUUCUAUUGUCAGAAUGUCCAACAUGGACGAUCAAAGCCACAGAGAACUUUACUUAGUACAAUGGCAGGUUUCUGUGGUCAGAAUGUCCAACAUGGUCGAUCAAAGCCACAGAGAACUUUACUUGGAACAAUGGCAGGUUUCUGUGGUCAGAAUGUCCAACAUGGUCGAUCAAAGCCACAGAGAACUUUACUUGGAACAAUGGCAGGUUUCUGUUGUCAGAAUGUCCAACAUGGUCGAUCAAAGCCACAGAGAACUUUACUUAGUACAAUGGCAGGUUUCUGUGGUCAGAAUGUCCAAAAUGGACGAUCAAAAACACAGAGAAUUUUACUUCGAACAAUGACAGUUUUCUGUGGUCAGAAUGACACGCGACAGAGAAGAAAACUUCAUCUGGAUUAA